GGCAGGCAAAGGUGCAACAGCGACAAUAGGAGCAUCCCGGCAGCAGGGCCGGCGUCCAGCGCGCGGUGGAAAGAGCAAAGGAAAGAAGUUGGCCCAGCUUGAGAAGAAGGAGGAGGAGGAUGCCUUUGAAGACGAGAAACCAGCCAAGAAGCGCCUACGUUCCAGGGUUUCUCAAGAAAAGAGGAAAAGGGACUGCAGUGAGCCUCGGGGCCCAGCAGAUGGCCCCACACGAAAGAAAGUGGCUCAGAAGACUGCCAAGUCUGGGAAGCCCCAGGUGGCCAAGGAAGCCAACACCCUCAGUGAUGGGGACGAUUUCAGGGAUUCUCCAAGCCCUCCCCAGAAGGUGCAGCGCCCCAAGAGUGAGAUGCCUGCGCACAAAGGCAGCCUGGAAGAAGAGGACGAGGAAGAGAGUGAAGAUGACUGGGAAGAGGUGGAAGAACUUAACGAGCCUGCACCCGAGCAUGUGGGAGAGAGCACAGCUUUGGCCAAGAUACUGGAGCCCGUGGAGAUAGAGAUUGAGACGCCGGAGCAGCUGAAGGCGAGAGAGAGGAGUGAGAAGAUGAAGACAGAGUUUGAGACCUACAUCCGGCGGGUGAUGAAGCGUUUCAACAAAGAGGUCCAUGAGAACACACACAAGGUCCACCUUCUGUGCCUGCUCGCCCACGGCCUCCAACACAACUAUAUUUGCAGCCAGCCUGACCUACAAGCCAUCGGCCUGUCCAUCUUGCCUGCCAGUUUCACCAAAGUGCCUCCCGAGAAUGUGGACAGCUACUUCCUGUCCAAUCUGGUGAAGUGGUUCAUUGGCACUUUUACUCUGAACUCGGACCUUUUCACUGAUGAGCAUCACAGCCUGCAGACCACCCUGGAGAGGAGAUUUGCCAUUUACUCUGCCCGCACUGAGGAAGAAUUGGUCCAUAUUUUUCUGCUCAUUCUCCGGGCCCUGCAGCUCAUGAGCCGGCUGGUCUUAUCUCUGCAGCCCAUCCCUCUGAAGUUCACAGCUGCAAAGGAAAACAAACCUCCCCAGGAGAGGUCCACCAACGAUGCCAGAGGCUCUCCAGAAACUUCUAGCCCCAGAGCAAAACCCAAGCUCAAAGCCAAGGCUGCCCGUCAGGCCCAUGCCAAAGGGAAGCAGAGUAAGGCCAGGAGAAGACGGAGCCCAGCCUCCUCCUCCAGCGGGGAGGACGACGACGAGGAGGCAGAACAGGAGGGAACCCCCAGACGCCGGGUCCCCCAGAAGCGACGGGUGGCUGCUAGGGUGUCUUACAAAGAGGAGAGCGGGAGUGAUGAAGCUGCCCCCGACUCUGACCCCGAGUUUUCCAGUGAGGAGGCCCAGCCCAGCCGAUCACAGAAGCAGAAGACUGAGGUGACAUCGCCCAGUGACUCCAGUACUCCACAUGGAAGCCCCGCUGCACCCCGGGGCUUGCCCGCAGCCUCCACAGGCCCUGUGAGCAGUAGAAAAGGCAGGAAAGUCCCCAUAGCGGUGAAGGCGGCCGGCAUGGACCAGUGGCUGGAGGUAUUCUGCCAGCGGGAGGAGAAGUGGCUGUGUGUUGACUGUGUGCAUGGCGUGGUGGACCAGCCCCUCACCUGCUACCAGUACGCCACCAAGCCCCUGACCUACGUGGUGGGCAUCGACAGUGACGGCCGCGUCCGGGACGUCACCCAGAGGUACGACCCCGCCUGGAUGACGGCAACCCGAAAGUGCCGGGUGGACGCCGAGUGGUGGGCCGAGACCUUGCGGCCUUACCAGAGCCCCCCGAUUGAGAGGGAGAAGAAAGAGGACCUGGAGUUCCAGGCAAAACACCUGGACCAGCCUUUACCCACCUCCAUUGGCACCUACAAGAACCACCCCCUGUAUGCUCUAAAAAGGCACCUGCUGAAAUACGAGGCGAUCUACCCAGAGUCAGCUGCCAUCCUUGGCUAUUGCCGCGGAGAGGCCGUCUACUCCAGGGAUUGCGUGCAUACACUGCACUCCAGGGACACAUGGCUGAAGCAGGCAAGAGUGGUGCGGCUGGGAGAAUUGCCCUACAAGAUGGUGAAGGGCUAUUCAAACCGAAUCCGGAAGGCACGUCUCGCCGAGCCCCUGCUGCGUGACCAAAACGACCUGGGCCUGUUUGGCCGGUGGCAGACAGAGGAGUACCAGCCGCCUGUGGCUGUGGAUGGCAAGGUGCCCCGGAAUGAGUUCGGGAACGUGUACCUCUUCAAGCCUAGCAUGAUGCCCAUUGGCUGCGUCCAGCUGCAUCUGCCCAAUCUGCAGCGCGUGGCCCGCAAGCUGGACAUCGACUGUGUCCCAGCCAUCACCGGCUUCGACUUCCACGGAGGCUACUCCCACCCUGUAUCGGAGGGGUACAUAGUAUGUGAGGAGCAUAAGGACGUGCUGCUGACCGCCUGGGAAAACGAGCAGGCACUCCUGGAAAAGAAGGAGCAGGAGAAGAGGGAGAAGCGGGCUCUGGGGAACUGGAAGCUGCUGGUCAGGGGACUGCUGAUCCGGGAGCGGCUGCGGCUGCGCUACGGGGCCAAGAAUGAGCCUAUGGCUUCCCACUCAGGGGCUGGAGAGGGCCUCUCGUCUGACGAGGAAGAAGGAACCAGCUCUCAAGCGGCAGCCAAGAUCCUGGCGGCCUCCUGGCCCCAGAACCGCAAAACUGAAGAGGAGCAAAAGCCCGAGCACCCCAAGAAGACCAAGAAGGGAAAGAAGGAGGCGGAUUCCCACCUCUUCCCCUUUGAGAAACUGUGAUGGCCGCCACACCCACCAGGCAUCCAGCUCUGGGGUCC